UCCUGAAAAUUGCUUUUGCCGCUUGUUCGUGGUAGCACCCGUCAGCAGUGUUAUUCUUAAUGUUUAAAAUAAAUUUUGUCAAAUAAUUAUUACAUGUUUAACAAUAUUUGCAUAAAUAUAUAUAUGUGUGUUUUUUAAUACGGUGAGUUCGUAGAGCAUCAAAUUGUAUAUGCAUAUGUUAUCUAUCAAUUUGAAAUUGAUAAUACUCUCUUUUGCGACGAAUUUUCUAAUAAAGUAAAUUUCCAAUAUUAAUCAUGCCUCGCCAUAAACAACGAAAACAACCUCUGAUAGGAGAAGAUACUAGAAUAGCAGUAAACUUAACUUUGAAGAAAUUAUUGGAAACUGCCGAUCAAAAAGAAUUAGAAUUUCCAUCUUCUUACACAGCGAAAGAGCGAGCUUAUAUUCAUGAACUUGUUAAGGAGCUUGGCUUAAAAUCUAAAAGUAGAGGUAAAGGCAAAAAUCGAUUUUUAACGGUAUACAAGAGAGAAGGAUCUACUAUAGUUCAAGCUGAUGCUAUAAUCAAAUUGCAAAAGUCGUCGAAACAAAGUAUUUAUGCUUUAUUAAAUAAUUUCCCAUUGAAUCAUAAAGAAUGUCAAGAUUUAUUACCUCCGAUGGAAAGAGAACGACCUCUUAAUGCAGAUGUUAUUACAAAUACAAAGGCUAUGGGUCGCUUGAACAGUAGUAUCCCACAAGUACCACAAUUAAAAACAAAUUUUGAUGUAUUGAAUUUUCGUAAAUCACUUCCAAUUUUUAACGCACGAGAAGAUAUUUUAAACGCUUUGGCCACCAAUCAAGUAGUUAUAAUAGCUGGGGAAACAGGAAGUGGAAAAACCACACAAGUACCUCAAUAUAUAUUAGAGCAUUGUCAGCAAAGACAUCAAAUUUGUAGAAUUAUAUGUACUCAACCUAGAAGACUUUCCGCAGUAUCUGUUGCAGAAAGAGUGGCAUUUGAAAGGGACGAAAAAAUUGGACAAACGUUUGGUUAUCAAAUUAGACUUGAAAGUAGAGUUGCACCUAAAACUCUUCUGACGUAUUGUACUAAUGGAGUUCUUCUUAGGACGCUUAUGGGUGGAGACUCUGCCUUAACUACUGUUACACACAUAAUCGUGGACGAAGUUCACGAACGUGAUAGGUUUUGUGACUUCCUGUUGAUAGCAUUAAAAGAUGCAAUGAAUAAAUAUAGAUCAUUGAAAAUUGUGCUAAUGAGUGCAACUUUAGAUACCACUAUUUUUGCAAAAUAUUUUGAUAAGUGUGCUGUUAUUAAUAUUCCUGGUAGAUUGUUUGAAGUAGAAACAUAUUUCCUUGAGGAUGUUUUGAGAAUGACUGGUUAUAUGACUAAAGACAUGAUUAAGAGGAAAAAAGAAUUUUUAAAUAAAAAGGAGCAGUGCAAGGUCUUAGAAUCUUGGACGCAAUACAAGCCGCAAGUAUCCAGUAAAGGUUCGUUGAACGAAAGAUGUUUGUUACCUGCACCGAUAUUAGCACAACAAAAUGAACCUAUACCGGAGAAGGUUAAACUGGAACCAUGGUUGGUAGAAGAAGUAGACAAGAGUAUAUCAGAUGCAUGGUUGUGCGGUGGAGAAGAUAACUUUGCACAAUUAUUGCAUUUUAUACUUUCUGAAAAUGUUUCUGUGGAUUAUCAACAUUCUAAGACGUUAGUUACACCAUUGAUGGUUGCUGCAGGUAGAGGAUGCAUAAAUACUACCGAACAACUUUUAAAUCUUGGAGCAAACUUGAAUUUUCGAGCAGGUAACGAAUGGACUGCGUUAGAUUGGGCAAAAAAUAUGAAACAGAUCGAAUGUGCUGAAUUGAUCGAAGCGUACAUGAAAACAUAUGAUUGUACGGUGCAAGACUAUGAAAUAAUACAAGGUGAAAACGCUUCUAUUUCUGAAGAAGAUAAAAUGUUAUUAGACGUAUAUCACCAUACGUUCAAUGAUGAAAAUAUCGAUCACGAUCUUCUUUUACAUCUGGUUAUAUAUGUCCAUUUAAAAAUGCCGUCAGGUUCAUUAUUAAUAUUUUUACCUGGGUAUGAUGACAUAGUAACUAUGAGAGAAAAAAUAAAUAGCGAAGAAAAGAAAAUGAAUCAAGGUCUUCGUUACAAUUUAUUCGUACUUCACUCAAAUAUGCAAACAUGCGAUCAGAAAAAAGUUUUCAAACCUAGUGCCCAAGGAACUAGAAAGAUUAUUCUUUCGACAAAUAUUGCAGAGACAAGCAUUACGAUCGAUGAUGUCGUUUACGUGAUCGAUUCAGGAAAAAUCAAAGAAAAAUCAUUCGACGCAAUAUCCGGCGUAUGUACGCUUCGUUCGAAUUGGAUAUCACAAGCAUGUGCGAAACAACGGAAAGGAAGAGCUGGCAGAUGUAGGAAAGGAUUUUGUUAUCGUUUAUUCUCAUCUAUUCGUUUUAAUAAUAUGCAGCUUUAUCAAACACCUGAAAUCUUACGAUUACCUUUGCAAGAAUUAUGUCUGUUUACAAAACAUUUGGCACCAGGAAAUACACCAAUUGCAGAAUUUUUAGAUAGAGCUUUAGAGCCGCCCUCAAACAUAAUAACUAGAAAUGCUGUUCAAUUAUUGAAGACCAUUGAUGCGUUAGAUCCAUGGGAAGAUCUUACGGAAUUAGGAAGUCAUUUAUUAGAUAUACCGAUUGAACCAAGAUUAGGAAAAAUGUUGCUAUACGCGGUAGUUUUGAAAUGUCUCGAUCCAAUUCUAACGAUCGUUUGCAGUUUAGCAUAUAAAGAUCCAUUUAUUCUACCAGCUCAACCAUCACAAAAAAGGGCUGUAGCUGCUGCACGCAAAAAGUUUGCCACCGGGACAUUUUCAGAUCAUAUGGCUGUUUUAAGAGCGUUUCAGGGUUGGCAAAAUGCGAGGGCGAGUGGCAAGGAACGUAGUUUCUGUGAAAAAAAUUUUAUUUCAGCGCCUGUGAUGGAAAUGGUAGUUGGAAUGAGAACUCAACUUCUUGGUCAACUUCGUGCAUCUGGAUUUGUUAGAGCGAGAGGUGCUGGUGACAUUAGAGAUUUGAAUACCAAUUCUGAAAAUUGGGCGGUCGUUAAAGCAGCUUUAACAGCUGGUUUGUAUCCGAAUAUAAUCAGAGUCGAUCGAGAUCAUAUGCAACUAAGAACGCAAAAAGAAGUGAAGGUCUUCUUCCAUCCAUCAUCGACGUUAAGAGAUUUUCCAAAAUCUCCUAGAAUGACUUACGCGCAAACUCAUGCAGCUAAUGUAGAAUCAUUACCAUCCGACUGGUUACUUUAUGAAGAGAUGAAUCGUACCGGUCGGUUUUGUCAUGUUAAAAUCGUUACGCUUGUUAAUCCCUUGACCGUGGCACUUUUUAGUGGUCCAGCAAGAUUACCUAUGGAUGUUAUUUAUGAAGCUGGUGCAAUACCCGAAAGCGAAUCCGAUUCCGAAGUGGAUGAAAAUCACGAGGAUACUAUUUUUAAAUUGGACGAUUGGAUAGUAUUCAAACUUGAUCUUGAAACUGUACAAUUGUUUUUAAAUUUACGACAAAAAUGGAACGCCUUAUUUUUACGACGUAUGAAAGCACCAGGAAAACCUAUGUCGCAAUUAGAUGAAAAAGUUGUUAAUACAUUAGUAACGGUUCUUACUAAUGAAGAGCAAGCAUGUGGUUUGCAACAACCUUCAGGAAUUGGACAGAGACCUCGUCCAUUAAUAGUAGAUUACUAUCCUGCAAAUGCUAGAAGAGCAGAUGAUUUUGUAGAGAGAAACUUUUAAACAAGACAUUUUUUUUUUUUUCUUCAAAGAAAUGGAAAAGAAAGUUGUAAUCAUGUACAGUUUUAUAUUAUUUUAAAAAAUAUGUUUUUUUUUUUUUUAAUGGUUUUUAUGUUAUUCUAUGGUGUUCCAUAUUUACAUCAUUUCUAUUUCUAUAAGCAGUUGUAUACUGUUUAUAAAUGAUUGCUUAAAUAAUGAAUAUUCAAAUAAUUGCAGUAAUCGAGUUUUCAGUAUUAUAGGGAUUAUUAUCGUCCGAUAAAGUAAUGGAGUGAAAAAGUUUAAUGCGAUAUGUAAUGUAACUACUGUAUAUAUCAUUUUACCAUUGGCUUGGUAGUAAUACAUUUAACUACGUUUUUUGCUAUAAAAGAAAUACAUAUUUUAUUUUUUAUUAAAUUAUUAAAUAUUUAAUAAUUUAUGGUAACUAUUUCACAAGUAUAAUAAAUUUAUUUACUUUGUAUCUUUAUAUCUCUUAUGAAAUGGAGUAUAUACAUUGUUGUUAUUCUAAUAUAUUUUAUUCAAUUAAUGAAAUAUGUUAAUAAAAUGUGUUAUUUUAUUUGAUAUGAAAUUAUUAGAAAAAUAUAAAAAGCGCAAAGUAAAAA